GGUGCUUUUCUUUGAAAGAUAGUGGCGCUUCACUGCCGGUAGUGCGUCAAGCUUGACGCGCAGCUCCCCGCUGAACGGAGUCACAGCCGUGAAAGUGGCGGAGGAGGCGGACAUUGUUGUGGUAACAGUACAGCUCUAGAGGAUGAGCAGAAAUGAUGCACUCAAUUUGAGCGGAUAAAGGGCGAGAUUGGAUUGUGGUUCAUUUUUUAUCUAAUCAAUUAAUCGUUUGUAAAUAAGAGGAAAGGAAAAAGCUGCUGCACCGUACGGACUCAUCCUCUAGCCACCGGGGAACUGAGUUCAUUCAGCCGAGGCGAGCGGAGCAGAGCCUGAUGAGACGAUGUCAGCGACGUAAAAGCCACAACAUCUGCAGGGUGUGCAUUCGAGGCUGCUGGAUUAAGCCUCCGUGGAUCGACCGGGCCUUUAUACGUACAUACAGCAAAGAGAGUGAGAGAGAGAGAGAAACCCCACGGUGCUUCAGUUGCCUUCAAAAAUACUGCGAGAGGAGGUAAAAUAAGGACAGUUGUAUUCCUGGAGGCCUUUGGAGAACACAGCCUGCUGUUGAGAGGAUGACAGAUUGACAUUAAUGGAGGUUUGCGUGGUGCGUUUUCAUACACGACCUCAUUAAGGCAUUAUCCACGGAGAUCAGACACUGGGUUCAGCACUGCGCCCACAAGAGGAGAAAGUAUUCUAAAUAAAGAUAUCACAUGUGUCUGCCUUGAUCUGGCCUCCGGUGGUAGCCUAUAAUGACUCCAUACAUGACAUCUGGAACACACUGGAUGAAGAUGAGGAUGUGAGCACUGACACAUUUCAGCGCUUUUAAUAGAUUCUCAGGUACCCCUCUUAGGUGUAGGUUUGUUUGUUUGUUUGUUUUAAUAGAAAAUGGGUAGCGAAGCUGAGAUGUUAAACAGGGAACUGUCAAAGAUGUCUGACGAGGAUUUGCUGGCGUGCUCCAAAGAGGAGCUGGUGAGCCGGCUGCGUAAAGAGGAGUCGGAGAAAAUGUCAGCUCUCAUCCAGCGCGGACGGCUGAUAAAAGAGGUAAAUAAACAGCUGCAGGGACACCUCCUUGAAAUCAGGGAACUGAAAGUCAUCAAUCAGCGCCUGCAGGAGGAAAACGUGGAGCUGCGAGACUUGUGCUGCUUCCUGGACGACGACCGGCUCAAAGUGAAGAAGCUGGCCAGGGAAUGGCAGCUGUUCGGGCACCACGCAGCCAAAGUGAUGCGGGAGGACCUGGGCGGGUACUUGAAAAAGCUCGCCGACCUGGAGCGCAUGCAGGACGGGCUGGUGAAGGAGAAUUUGGACCUCAAGGAGCUGUGCCUGGUCCUGGAGGAGGAGUGCGUCAGUAGGAGUGACUCCAGUCCCGGAGGGUCAACCGAGCUAAACCUGCCCUGCAUGGUGGCCCGGGACCUCGGGGACGGGAGCUCGAGCACAGGCAGCGUGGGAAGUCCUGACCAGCUUCACCUAGUGUGCUCACCUGAUGACUGAUGAAGAUUGUGAGGGCUUCUCCGACCUGAAUAUGGAAGCUGUAGACUAGGGGGUGAAGUGAUUGGCAGAAUGAGGAGCUUUGUCAGACAGUAAAAAAUCAAAUUGGUGCAAAAGCAUUAGAGCCUUUUGAAUGCUGCAAGAUUUGUGUGCCAUUAGGAUUUGACUUGACAAAGAUUCUACCACUACAGACAUUUUCAGGACUUACAGAGACAUUUAAUAGAUGUUUGCCACAUGAUAAUGUAUCAGAAUUUUACAGUGUUUUUCUAA